CACUCUCUCCGCAUCCACUGCACUCAACGAAACCCUCUAAUGCUAAGCCAAAGUACUCAACGACACGCGUUCCCCCUCGUUUACUAGCUAACGCCAGUGCGCCACCGGGAAAACUGCAGGGGGGGAACGCAAACGCCCGUCCCCGUCUCGUCGUAAUCUCAGGGGAAACGGGCGAAAACGAAAGCCCGGGAUCCCGUACCGUACCGCGGGCGAAACGAACGCCGUGCCCAAUGUAAAUACCGCAUUCGACCCCGGGUCCGUCCCAACACACCAACGACGACGCCACCCUCCCUGGCUUAGCUUAUUCUUUGCUCCUUUGGCUCCUGGCUCUCAAGGCAAUGUCGGCGUCGCCGGACCCGUCGCCGUCUUCCUCCACGCCGGCGGGCCACCUCCGCACUCACCCCUACCCACACCACCACAACCUCCACCUCUCAACUCCUCCUCCGCCGCAGCCCCACCCGCCGGCGGCGCCGGGCCCGCUCGCCGUGACGCCGCCGCACCAGCAAGCUCUGGCCCCGUACUCCGCCCCACCCCCUUCCCCUGCGUCGACCCCUCGAGACUACCGGAAGGGCAACUGGACGCUCCACGAGACGCUCGUGCUCAUCACCGCCAAGCGCCUCGACGACGACCGCCGCGCCGGUGGCGGCGUCGCCGGGUCCUCGUCUUCGUCUCCGGCCGGGCCGAGUGCGCUGCCGAGGUCGGCGGAGCAGCGGUGGAAGUGGGUGGAGAACUACUGCUGGUCCCAGGGGUGCCUGCGCAGCCAGAACCAGUGCAACGACAAGUGGGACAACCUGCUCAGGGACUACAAGAAGGUCCGCGACUUCCACAACCGCCUCGCUUCCAACUCCACCGCCCCUUCCGGCUCCGGCGCCGCUCCGGCUGCGGCGGCGCCAUUGCCGACCUCGUACUGGGCCAUGGAGAGGCACGAGAGGAAGGAGCGUAACCUGCCGACCAACCUGGCGGCCGAGGUCUACGACGCGCUCUGCGACGUGCUCUCCCGCCGCGCCGCCCGCAGGGGCGGCGCCCCCGUCGCGCCCUCGCCGCCCCCGCCGCUCGCGCUCCCGGCGCCACCGCUUCAUCCGCCGCCGAAGCCGCUCCUCUCGCAGCAGCAGCAGCGGAUUCCUCCUCACCACCCCCCGCUGCUGCAGCUCCCGCCGCCGCCCGUUGCGGUGGCGCCGCCGCCGACGACGACGUCCGUUUCCGAGGAUGAGAUGACGGGGUCGUCGUCGGACUCCGGCUCCUCGUCGGGGCGAGCUGGCGGCGGCGGGGACGAGCCGGAGGCGAAGCGGCAGCGGCGGCAACGAGGGCGGGUGAGCGACAGGGGACGGGUGGGAUCGAGCGUUGUGCGGGGCGCGACGGUGCUGGCUCGCACGCUGGUGGCGUGCGAGGAGAAGCGGGAGCGGCGGCACCGGGAGCGGCUGGAGCUGGAGGAGCGGCGGCUGCGGCUGGAGGCGGAGCGCGCCGAGGCCCGGCGCCAGGGCUUCGCGGGCCUCAUCUCCGCCGUCCACUCCCUCUCCGGCGCCAUCCACGCCCUCGUCUCCGACCACGCCCGCAGCGGCGACUCCUCCAGGUGAUCUAUAUAUAUAUCCACAGAUGGAGCUAGCCCGGUCAACCGUCAGCGGCGACGACGCUGGUUGGUUGUGCAUGCGACUUUUUGGAAGACCAGUCCCCGGAAGGAACUGAUUAAUCGUGGGGCGGUUCUUGCAUUAUUUUGGAAGACCAGUCAACGGGGGGAACAGGUUAAGGGGUCAGGGGACCCGGGAUGUACUGUAAGUAAUUAAGGGCGAUUUGCAUGCAUGUUGGGCUGGAUUGAUGCAUGGUUAACUGUGAGUAAGGUAGCUUAGCUUUAGAAUUUUCUCUUCUUCUUUUCUUCUUCUUAUUGGGGUCCGUGUGUCGCCCUGUUGUGUUGGCACUCCUAGCUCCAUGAUGGAUCCAGCUGUAGCUGCUGCUUCCUGGCUGGCUUAGCUGUUUCUCGGGUUCUGGGUUUGUCGUGGCCGUUGAUGAUUAUAUAUUGUGGCAUGAACAUGAACGACGUAGCUCUACGUGUACGUGCUA